UCGAACACGAACUCUCGCGAUAUGUCCUUGCUUUGCGCUUUCAUCCUAGAUGUGGACGUACAAGAACAGGCUGCUUGCAUCUCAUCUGACGCGCUUUGGACGGGUAGAGCUCCAGCUCUUGGCAGAGGAGCUACCAUGGUAACGGUGUCACCAUGGGGAAGUCCAGGUUGUUCCGGAUCUCUUUGGUUCUGGGUUCUGUCUUCAUGAUCCUGUUUAUUAUUCUAUACUGGGACGACGUUGGAACCUCACACUUCUCCCUGCCGCCUCCCAUCUCACCCCGCCCCGCCCCUCACCAGACACCCCGCCCCCCCUCAUUUCUCAAUGACAUUGACGCCUUUGUAAACCAGUUCCUGGAAGGGACCAAUGACCCUACAGAAACCGGUCCUCAAGACGCGGCCAACAAAUCCGAGCAUGCUGAGGAGCGGUACGUCCCCCGGAGGGAGUGGAAGGUCCAUUUGACGCCCAUCGACCCUGAGAAACGAUUACGACAGGAGAGGCGGCGGCAGCGUCUGCAUGACCUCUGUCACCAUAGUGAUGAUCUGGUGUUUCCAGGGAAAAACCGUUCAUUUGACGACAUCCCCAACAGAGAGCUGGAUCACCUAAUUGUCGACGACCGCCAUGGUGUUAUAUACUGCUAUGUGCCCAAGGUGGCGUGUAGUAACUGGAAAAGGAUCAUGAUUGUCCUGAGUGAGAGCCUACUACAGGACGGAGUUCCAUAUAGGGAGCCUCUGGCGGUUCCUCGGGAGAUGGUCCACAACAGCAGCCUCCACUUCACCUUCAACAAGUUCUGGAAACGCUAUGGGAAGUUUUCACGCAACCUGAUGAAGGUAAAGCUCCAGAAGUACACCAAGUUCCUGUUUGUCAGAGAUCCGUUCGUCCGUCUCAUCUCAGCAUACAGGAACAAAUUUGAGCAGCCCAAUGAGGAGUUCUACCGCCGAUUCGCUUUGCUCAUGCUUCGUCGCUAUGGUAACCACUCUGAACCCCCUGCAUCAGUGGGUGAUGCAUUUCCAGCAGGAAUUCGCCCCUCUUUCUCAGAAUUUGUCCAAUACCUACUGGACCCCCAGACGGAGAGCAACGCCCCUUUCAAUGAGCACUGGAGACAGGUGUACCGACUCUGCCAUCCCUGUCAGAUAAAGUAUGAUUUUGUGGGCCAACUGGAGACAGUGGAGGAAGAUGCUGAGCAGCUACUGCGGGUUUUAAAGGUGGACAACGUGGUAGACUUCCCUUCCUCCAACAGGAACCACACCUCGAGUAGCUGGCGGGAAGACUGGUUCAGCAGGGUGCCACUUGAGGCCAGGAGGGAACUCUACAGGCUAUAUGAACCAGAUUUCAGACUGUUUGGCUACCCCAGACCCGAUUCUCUGCUUGAUUAACCCCAAAUCCUAAACACAACCUCUACUCCAUAACUGUUAAAACCUACUCCAGGCCAGAUUCUCUGCUUGACUGAUUGCGAUCAGAACGAAACAGAAUUCCUGUUAUGGACUAGAUUAAUAGAGACGGUUGUUUGCGUAAAACGUCACAGUAAAGUGCAGAAUUGUCUGCUUGACAAUUUGUGAUGUUUUAUUUAAAACAACCUAUUCAUGUAUUGCAUGUUUCAUCACAAUACUUUUUGGAAUGUUCCUUUUGUGGCUGUUGUCCAGCUGAGCAUUCAACUCAAUGCAUUGUCAAUCAGCUGAUGAAUAUUUGGUCUAUGUGCAUUGGUAAGGCUUGAAAUAUGAUACCAUCUCUAAAGAGAGCAAAUAGUAAAUAACUCCUUUUGAUGUCACCAAUCUGAUUUUAGAAAAAGUCUAAUAUUAACUAGUGACUUAAUGUUGAGAGGAAUUCUUCACUAGCUAUCCUUGACUGACUUUUUUCAAGCAAAUGACAACAUUUGCACCUGUCAAAGUACAUUUUAAUGAUAUAAUGAUGAUGGCAAUGUUGCUUUCUACAAAAUAUUAGGCUACUUUAGAAAUGUUGUAUUUCCAAUCUCCUGUAAGGUAAUUUGGAUGAAACCGCUUUUAACCCAUUUAAAGUCAUUAGCAACUCUUCAACUUCUGGUCGUCGAUAUGGCUAUGGCAUCUAUAGAAUAGCGACUGGAAUGACAGAGGUGCAAUCCACAAAGAACGAAACAUUUGAAUUCCUGUCUUGUGGAACUAUGAUGCUAAAUGGAGCCCAUGCGGCUUGAUGUUACUGUGGAAGUUUCCUGGCUGUAAGGAGUUGGCAUUUUGGGGCAUUAGUUUCUAAUAAUGAAUGUUGAGGCAUUAGUUGUUUUUUAUGAUAAGUUAUUUUAUUGUGCUUCAGUAAAGCAUGAAAGGGAUUUGUUUUUCUUCUAUUGUGGCAGAGGCUGGUGAAAGGAAAAGCCUUUUUCACAUUUGUAGACAUAUAAAUAAAGCCAUUCUAAUUUUUAGGUAUAAUUCACUGGGUUUUUGGUUAUGUUCAACAGGAGUUUAGGGUUAUGUUGAAGAGCGUUUAGGGUGAUUUUGAACGGAACAUGAUGUUACAUUACACAUGCUGUUAUUACAGAUUACAUUAAACCAAUAUUACACCAUGUUGCAAUUUUCAUGUUAAAAGAUCUUACAGGUUGAAAAGAAGUCAGGACAUUGCUCAGAGGAUUGGGAAGAGACAGUGCCUUGGUUUCAAAUGAAAAUGAAGAUAAAACGUUUACACGGCAUAAACUAUUUUUGUAAAUAAUUAUUUUCUAUCUUUGAAAGUGAAUCAUGAACAUCUGUGUAUUUGAGAUGCUUAGGUCUUAAACUUAUUUGUUCAUUGGGAUAGUGUCUGUGUUAUAUCUAACUUGGAGAUGCUUUGUUAUAGACUUGUAGCGGGUUAUGCAAUAUUAUAUUUUCUGUUAUUGUCAUUUGUUAUUUCACAAUGAGCUAUGCCACAAACCUUGUCUGUCAGGUUUGACUACAGACUGGGUUUGAGUGUUUCUGACAGAGCAUCAACAGGAAGUGAUAUUGACAAAACAUCUGACAGUUAGAGAUUAACCGAUAUCUUGGCCAGCUAUCAGUAUUGACAAGUUUUAAGUAAUAAUUGGUACUGGUGAUUUCUUUAAGUUUGGCCGAUUAUUUCAGACGGAUUGUACUUUCAUCUGAAUUGGGGUCCAAUAUGCUCUAGUCAUUUUAGUAAUAAUUUUUUCAUGUCAUGUGUUUUAUUGUUAUAAAUUUGGGUUGCAGUAUUGUUGAUGAAAUCUGAUACCUUAUUUGCUACCUGUAUAUCCAUGCAUUGUGUAAUUUACAAUUACAAAAAUUGAAUGUGUAAUUAUCAUAAUUUAUACAUUUUCCAUUAAUUUGUUAUUAAAAUAGAUAGAAAUAUUACUUUUUUAUGAUUGCAUUUUCAUGGAUGAAAUUAGAAGCAUAAUCAGAAGCAACAUUUUUAUUUGCAACCCUGAAUCCAAUCAUGUUAUGGAAAUAAAAACAGAAUGCAUAAAUGUGCAAAUCAUUUAAACCCUGUAUUCAAUAGCAAAUAGUACAA